AAGUAAGAGUACGUACGAGUACAACAGUCUCUCGUUAUCCCCCUCUUCUAAACCCCGAACCCAUGAAGCCACGAAAACUUCAUUCUUCGAUUCUCUCACGUGCGCUAUCACGUGCCUUAAGCUCUUCAACCGCAACAACCACGUCCCCGCAAUGCGGAUCGGCGUUUCCAUUGAAGACAGUAACCGUUGCAAACUUUGAACCGUCGUUAACGGAACUCCGGCACCAUGUCCGGUCAUCGGACUUUGUUGCGAUUGACCUCGAGAUGACCGGAGUUACCAGUUCUCCCUGGCGUGAUUCAUUUGAGUUUGAUCGCUCUGACGUUCGGUAUCUUAAGGUUAGAGACUCCGCGAGCAGGUUCGCCGUUGUUCAAUUUGGCGUUUGUCCCUUCCGAUGGGAUCAUUCCAUCCAGUCCUUUGUCGCUUAUCCGUACAAUUUCUUUGUUUUUCCACGUCAGGAGCUUGCAGGUUUUGGCCCAUGUAAUGAAUUUCUCUGCCAGACUACUUCAAUGGAUUUCUUGGCCAGAUACCAGUUUGAUUUUAAUGCAUGCAUACAUGAAGGAAUAUCUUAUUUGUCCAGAGAACAAGAAAGAGAAGCAAUAAGGAGUUUGAAUUCAACACAUGAUAGUGAGUGGUCAGACAUUUCUAAAUUAAAUGAUGUUAGGGAUGCGCCAUCUGUCAACAUGGCAGACAUUUUAUUCACUGCACGAAUGAAAGAUAAGUUCAGUGAAUGGCGUGAUGGGUUAUUACAGGAGCAAAAUCAGUCAGGCCAAAUUCAAGGAACUCGAAAAGACUCAAAACAACAAUUUCAAGAGAUGUUCUUUAAGACGCAUCCAGCUCUCAAGCUUGAUGGAUUCACCUCACGUCAACUUAAGUUGAUUCAGUUGGUUGUAAAAAAACACUUCAAAGAUCUUUCAUAUUUCAAUGUGAACAAUGAGGUUUCUGGUUCACAACAAAUAGUUGUGUAUACGGACUCGGAGGAUGAGCUAAACUUACUUCUGAAGGAGGUAAAAGAGGAAAAUCACAGGGCAAAAGAGGCGAAGAUCCAAUCUGCAGUCGGAUUUCGCCAUGUUAUUGAUCUUCUUUCGUCAGAACAGAAGUUGAUAGUUGGUCAUAAUUGUUUUCUAGAUAUUGCUCAUGUCUACAGCAAAUUUAUCGGUCCUCUUCCUGGGACACCUGAAGAGUUUGUUGCUUCUGUUAACAAGUGCUUUCCACACAUUGCGGACACAAAAAUACUCAUGAACACUAAUUUUAUGCUCCAAGAAAGAAUGAAAAAGUCAAAAAAGUCUCUGGCUGCAGCAUUUACUAUGUUUUGUCCACAAAUUGCUGGAGGCUCCAAAAGCACUGAGCUAGUUUCACCAUCCCAUGUGAAAGUAAAUGUUGAAGUUGAUGAUUCAAGAUCGUCUAGCUGGAACCCUGGUGGCAAGCAUGAGGCUGGAUAUGAUGCUUUCAUGACUGGAUGCAUUUUUGCCCAAUUAUGCAAUGAUUUAGGAGUCGAUUUUAAACUCCACGAAUCUUCAAAACAAUUAGCUUUCAAUGAGAAACUACGGAAAUACAUUAAUCAUCUAUAUCUUAGUUGGAUGCACGGCGAUAUUAUUGAUCUAAAUACAGGUGAUAAAGUUGCAAAUUCUACACCAAGCUAUAACCUCAAGAGACGGUACCCAAAGAUUAUGUUCGAGAACAUUGUUAUUAUUUGGGGAUUUCCUUCUAAUAUUAAGGCUGGCGAAGUACGCGAGUGUAUAUCUAAAGCUUUUGGUCUAACUGCUAUAGUUUCUGUCUACCACUUGGAUGCAACAGCAGUUUUCGUUCAGUUUAGCAAAACUGAACUAGUUUCCGACUUUCUUUUAUUGAAGGAAAGCUUAGAGAGAAGUAAUGGUCCAAUCUCGGUUUUGCAUCCGCUGGCAAAACUUUUGGAAGGUGGAAAUACAUGUGCUGCUAAUUAUGAUACUUAUAAAGAAAUUUGUGGUUCACCCUUAUCUGAAACUCUAUUCGCUGAUCAAGCAAACAAAGUUUCUAUGAAGUGGAAAACCAAAUUGAUUGAAAACAAGAUAUCAUUAAGUAGCGAAGAACAUGAAAGUUCAUGUUUACAUGAUAAUGCAAAUGAUGUAGCUUUGAAUCUUGUAGAAAAGAUCAAGCCAAACAAAAUUGAUCAGUUAAGAAAUGAUCAAUCCCGUGGGCAAGCCUCCCCAUCUGAGAUUGAAGAAUCCUGUGUUGCCGAAGCCAAUUUGUGAUUUUUGGCUAAUUAUUGUGUAUACCAUUAGAUUUAUUUGUAGUGUAAUAUUAACAAAAUAAAAAAUCUUUUAUUCGAUGACUAUAAAGAAGUCAUCCUUUUUGAUUUGGUUAAAAUUAGGUGUAGUAUCUUUUGUCGUAAGUUAAAUUCAGUUGUAACUGAUACAUCAAUACUUAUAACAACAGAGAAUUCUAACUAUAUUAGUAACUGUCAUUUAUUGCUAUUGCUC